AUGCACCAGCCCCUCACUGACCCUCUGCAGGUGCUGAGUCCACAGGAGGUGCUGAGUCCACAGGAGGUGCUGAGUCCACAGGAGGUGCUGAGUCCACAGGAGGUGCUGAGUCCACAGGAGGAGGUGCUGAGUCCACAGGAGGUGCUGAGUCCACAGGAGGUGCUGAGUCCACAGGAGGUGCUGAGUCCACAGGAGGUGCUGAGUCCACAGGAGGUGCUGAGUCCACAGGAGGUGCUGAGUCCACAGGAGGUGCUGAGUCCACAGGAGGUGCUGAGUCCACAGGAGGUGCUGAGUCCACAGGAGGUGCUGAGUCCACAGGAGGUGCUGAGUCCACAGGAGGUGCUGAGUCCACAGGAGGUGCUGAGUCCACAGGAGGUGCUGAGUCCACAGGAGGUGCUGAGUCCACAGGAGGUGGUGUGUCCACAGGAGGUGCUGAGUCCACAGGAGGUGCUGAGUCCACAGGAGGUGCUGAGUCCACAGGAGGUGCUGAGUCCACAGGAGGUGCUGAGUCCACAGGAGGUGCUGAGUCCACAGGAGGUGCUGAGUCCACAGGAGGUGGUGUGUCCACAGGAGGUGCUGAGUCCACAGGAGGUGGUGUGUCCACAGGAGGUGCUGAGUCCACAGGAGGUGCUGAGUCCACAGGAGGUGCUGAGUCCACAGGAGGUGCUGAGUCCACAGGAGGUGCUGAGUCCACAGGAGGUGCUGAGUCCACAGGAGGUGCUGAGUCCACAGGAGGUGGUGUGUCCACAGGAGGUGCUGAGUCCACAGGAGGUGCUGAGUCCACAGGAGGUGGUGUGUCCAGUAAAAACACUUUGUUAUGAUACGGGUUUGUUCCAUCUCCGUCACAUCCUUAAGGGAGCAGGCGACAGCAGUGACCGGAGGAGGAAGGCAGGACCCCGGGAGGACACAGAGAGACGAGGGGGGGCUCUGGAGGAAGGCGCCCUCGUGUGGAUGAAAGCUGGAACUGCAGCUUGUUAUGUAAAUACUAGAGAUAAGAGAUGA